ACCGGAAUGAAGUGGGCGCGACUCCAAGAGGACUGUCCUAAGCUUUCAUGACCGCUUGGGACUCACUUUGGUGGAGUCUGGAGUAGCGAUUGAACUUUCUCAGUGGAUCUAGACUGUAACACGGCAACCUUCCACACCGCUGAAGCACUAGUAUGGAGUCGGUCUCCCGACAAGUGGUCCCCUAAGACAACUUCGCUCUGGAACACCCCCGGGCCAUAACCAACUUCGGCCUUGCGACCACAGACCCCGGGAUCAGACGGCACGGAAUCCUCGCUUUCUUGCUCCAACCGAAGCCAGUAUUGACCUGAGAGAAGGCAGGCCGUGCCAAACUCUAUUCAUCAUUCGGAGUUGCAGCACUGCUGACUCGGCGGGACAGCUAGACAGCCGCUUAUACUACACAGCUAGGGCAAUAAAAUCCUAAGGGUCACAAAUCAACGGUCCUAAGCCCAGAUACAAGACAAAUGAGCUCAUACUUCACACACUCGUUGUCGACGGCCGAUUUCCACCAUGGGUCGGAUUACCCAUCGGCUGCGGCGGUGCAGGGCUACUCCCGACAGGCCCCCCACUACCCGGCCAACAGCACGCCCGUUAACUACAGUUACAACAGCUACGGGGCGUCGCAAUUGGAGGGUAGUUUCUACCACAUGGACCGGACCCCGUCCAUGGAGCCCACUGUCCCGUUGACGCACCCGCAAAGUUCGCCCGUGUCCGGCGUGACUGCCACCACCACCUCGGCAGCGUACAACCGGUGCCAGAGCCAGCACCAGACGGGGUCUAGCGGGGCGGCGGCGGCCGCUGCUGCCGCUGCUUGCAUUAAGAUGACCGGUCAGAAUAUGAGUGGGGACUGUGCCAAGUCAGCGAUGAAAGGAGCUCAGACAGCCCGCCAACCCGAGCAGAUAUACCCAUGGAUGAGGAGAAUUCAUUCCAACACGGCAGUGAGCCAAACGAACGGCCUAGAGCCCAGCAAACGCUCACGGACGGCGUAUACGCGUUACCAGACCCUGGAACUGGAGAAAGAAUUCCAUUUCAACCGGUACCUGACGCGGAGACGGCGCAUCGAGAUCGCCCACGCGCUGGGGCUGACGGAGCGACAGAUCAAGAUCUGGUUCCAGAACCGCCGCAUGAAGUGGAAAAAGGAGCACAAUGUCAAGAGUAUCUCGCAGUUGAUGAGCCAAGAGGCAGCGGCCGCCGCUGCCGCCGCCGCUGCGGCCGACCACCAGUCCAUGCGCUGACUCGUUUAAACCGAAAUCUCACGGAAGAUUGUUUACGGUCCUGAUGAGGACUCCGGCGGGAGAGAGACAUUUGACACGCCGUGUGCUCUCCCUCCAAGACUUGCCUCCGGACCGCUGUUGUAGAUGGGACCUCGUACUUUUAUUUACAUGUCCGAUACGGGCACUGAUCUAAUGACUUACAAUCCUGUGUGGGAUUGGACCAAACAAAAAUGCCUGAGGCUUGAAAGAAACAGUGAGCUAAGUGUGUUGUUUGUUUAUAACAUGUCAUUGUCGUUCCUGUCUUGUAUCUUCCUUGCAAAAGACAGGCUAGAAAACAGGCUCUAUACAAUUUGUUUUAAAGCGCUGUGAAUAUGAUGCCUUUAGGCCUAUGCUCUUUUUUUUUGGUCGUUUAUUUAUUAGUCGCUGUACGAACCUGCUAUACCUCUGGACCUUACUUGGUCCUCACCAACGAGUGCGCAUGUCCACACGCAGUGUACCCCCUAUUUUCUAUUUUAUUUUUGAUGCAUUUUGUUGUUUUGUGCAAUACCAUUCGCCAAAGAUGACAAAAAUAGUGAAACGACAUUCAACUAUAACAAAUUGUCCGCUCACUAUCGACCUGAAAAAAGGGUAUAGUUUGAGAAAUAUUCUCAAAUAUUACAAUGUGUUUGAUAGAACGGGAAAUAAGAUGAAGACUAUGGCCUGUAACUUGUUUCACUGGUAUGUGAUUUUCUGUUGUUGCUUUGUUUGCUGACGUGAUUGUGUGUAUGUUUUUUUCUCCACAUCGGAUACUUCCCAAGCUUGCUCAAUAGCCAAUAAUCACCGGCAUCCAUUUUUCUGAAAAUAUUUCAAUAUUUCUGUCAUCCCUUCGCAGACCAAACAAUAAAGAUUACUGUUCCCACGAAUUGCUGGUUUUAGCUGCUUAACAUGGCUAUUAUAAUGUUUCUCUAUUAUACUCUAGAUGAGUGAUCAGAGUUUAUUUUUAAUAGUGUAAACGAUUUAUUAGUUAUCUCUUUAUACUUGUUGCGGGAAAGUUCAGCAUUGAGUUUGUUGGUUUUGCGAAUCGAAUGAUAAACUGCUCAAUGAGUGUAUCAUGAAUGGUAGUUAUCAAAAACACAGUAUCGUUUGUCCUUAAUCUCAGUUAUAAUUUGGGAAAGGGUGAGGCAUCUUUCCCCAUUUCCAAUGAUAUGGUCAAACGGACUUUCAUAAUGUUGUGAUAUUGGAAAUUGUAGGCCUACUAUUUCAAUCUAUCAUGUACUUAUUUUGCCCGAAACCCAAAUAUAGCGCAGGAAUAAAAAAAUGUUAAAACUCGUUUCUGUUAGUGAACCUGCAAAACCCAUAACGGCUUAAAAGGAAGAAACAAAACAAAACAAAACAACGAAUAAAGGUCUUUGUUUCUUUGUUUCCGCUCAAGCAUAAUGCAAUAACUUGUGUGUUUCGAAUUGUCACUUGAGUUGGUCAAAGUACCAAAUGUAUAUCCCUGCAGAUUGAUUAAGACUAAACGAAUCCUUCGCGUGUCUAAUGAUCAGAUGGUUUCAGUCACUUUUCGCUAAAUUUGUUAAUAAUUAUUUUAGUAACAACACGCAUCCACACUUUGUUGGCAAAUCUCCUUGAUCAGAUCAAUGGGUCCGAAACGAUUACGUUCUAAACCAUGAAGGACUCGGGUUGAAAUUGAAUUCCCUAACAUCAAAGUAAUAAUUUACCAAUUGGUUAUUGAUUAGGUACGCUAAUAACGUACUAUAACAAAGGUAUUCGUUCACUAUAAUUGUAUUCGUUCUCAACGUCGGAUGUCGUGGGUGUAAUUCUCAAGAAUAUAAGGCUGAAAUAACCGACUAGUUUCCUAUACAUUCUUGUAAAUUAUUUUGAUCAGUUGUGCGGUCAAAAACUGUGUGUUGUGUCAUUUCUAAUAUCUUAUGGACGUUGCAUUGAUUCACAAGUGAACUCUGAAUGAAAAAAAAGAAAGUUUGUUUGAUCCUGCAUUUUAGGAUCACGCUGUAUCUGUCCCGUUUUGUAAAAUAUACUGCCAAGGAAGAUAAAAAAAAUAUCUUGGAAAUUUUCCUCACAUUUUGAUUGAGCUCUAUCUUAGGCAGACUUGCAGUCUCACCGUGUGUUGGACAUUAACGUUAAGGACGGGACACUAUCAUGUAAAUAUUUGAAAUCACUUUAUAUUACCAUGUUAUGUAAUUAUUGGUAUAGUUUCCAUUAGGUCGUGUCUAUAUAGAAUCAUUUUUUUCGUAUGUAAAUUCACUUCAGUAAAAUUAAACUUUGUCAGCAUAAAGUC